UUCUAUAUGUAACCCUACAAUAUGUUUCUGACUUUGAGAAAUCCACAGGUGUCAGAUAUUGGAUUUCUGCUGAUGGGGCUGGCGGUGAGAGGACGAGACCCAGUUGGUAAAAUCUAUAUUCAUGUGGUGCAGCUUAGCGACUUGGAGCUAACAGUUGAUGUGGGAUCUAGUAAAGAACUUGUUGUAGAUACUGGAGUUACUGAAACUAAUUAUUGGUUGAGAUUUGUCAGAAAUGCAGCCAGUCAAGCAAAAUUGUCAAAUUGUGUGGUAUGUGCAGAGGCAAGGCCAGUACUAACGAUGCCAUCACCUCUGAGUAAUGCUUCAACUUUUUUCUGUCUGUUGCAAUUACAUAUUACUGAAAACCCAUCAGUUCAGUGUAAAUAUUUAGAACAUUUCUUUCCUAUGUCUUCAAGAACAGAUGUGCCUCCUGUCUUCAAGGCGGUGGAAGGCAGUUUCACUUGUUUGGCCAGAAGGAGGCGGCAGAGAAGCAUAGAUGUUGGACGGCUGAAUGUGACCUGGUGCAAACAGGUGAUUGAUGUAUCAUUGUGGGAGAAUGCAACAAUGUUAAAUGUGUCUAGGUCGGAUGUAUUUUGGUACUGUGGUAAUAAUCGUUUGUUAAAGGUGUUGCCAGCAGGUUGGAGUGGGCUGUGUGCGGAAGUGUCCCUGGUCUCACCGGUCAGGUUUGUAAAUAUCACGAUUGAUGAAUUGCAGGAACAUCGGGCUCUCUUGGAUAAGCAGGUUCUUAACUUGAACUGGGUUAAACGUGAGUUUGACAUAUAUGCAAGCAGUCCAGUGUAUAUUGAUGCUAUUGGGGUUCCUACUGAGUUUAAAUUGAUCUAUCAGGUGGCAGCUGGCUUUGAAAGCAUUUUACCUUGGAUUAUCCUUAAUAAAAACGUGGAUCGUAUCAAUUUUAUUCAUUUUUCUUUGCAGAGCCUUAAUAAUUUGACCAGGGAUGCCCUUCAGAUUGCACAUGAGCAGUUGGCUGCAACAUCUUUAAUGGCUUAUCAGAAUUGCAUUGCAUUAGACUAUUUAUUAGCAGAACAAGGUGGAGUGUGUUCAUUUUUUGGGUCA